UAUACAUAUAUUGGGUUGAGUACUCACCUUUGGGCCAUCGCGUAUGUCACGAGCGAGAUAUCUAUCAAUCAAUAACACUCUGUGUAGAGACUACAAAGCUACCUGUAGACCGGUUGGAUGAUGUUGCUCUCACUAUCCGUAGGCCUGCUGGGCUUCUACUCGUAUCUAGUCCAUGCUAGUAUAGUGCCCGGGAAAGCUUUUGAUAGGUUCAUAAGCAUUUGGCUCGAGAAUCAGGAUUUCGCAAAAGUCGUUGCGGAUCCAGAUUUUGCGGAUUUAAAACGGUUUGGUAUCCUACAGACUCGAUAUUAUGCGCAGACCCAUCCAAGUCAGCCAAAUUACAUCGCUGCCGUAGGAGGUGAUUACUUCGGCUUGGAUCAUGAUGAAGUUGUCCGUAUCCCUUCCAAUGUCUCUACUGUCGUCGAUCUUCUUGAUGAGAAACGCAUUUCAUGGAGCGGAUAUUUUGAAGGAAACCCCGGUCCUGGUUACAUGGCAGAAGGCAGUUAUGAUAUUAAUGGGAUGUGGGAUUAUGUUAGGAAACAUAACCCUUUCGUUUCCUAUGAUUCUGUCAAUAAGAAUGGGACCAGGCUGAUGAAGCUACUCUCAUUCGAAGAUUUCAAAAAUGACCUUGCGGCCGGGACUGUCCCGCAGUUCGUGAUGAUGUCGCCAGAUAUGUUAAAUGACGGACAUAACACUACGCUAGACUACGCAACCAAGUGGGCCCAUAAGUUCCUGCUCCCCUUGUUAGUUGAAGGUAUCUUCAAGGAAAAGACCUUAAUUCAACUUACAUAUGACGAGACGGAGGAUUAUUCCGAGCCGAAUCGAAUUGUAUCCCUCUUGCUUGGCAGUGCCGUUCCGGACAGUCUUAAAGGGUCCGAAGACGACACAUUCUAUACCCACUAUUCCAUUCUCGCCACCGCCGAAAAUAAUUGGGACUUGCCGAACCUCGGAAGAUUCGACGUCGGCGCGAAUGUCUUUGAGCUUGUUGCCGGCGUGACAGGCUAUAUUAACAAGGAUCCAUCGAACAUAGCAACCCUGAAUAAUUCCGUGUCAUAUCCAGGCGCAUUGAACAGGAAUCACACCACCAGGUUAACGACUAUCCCUUCACCGAACUUGGAGCUAAUUGGAGCCGGUGGGCAGCCUGUCCUUGAUUAUAUCCGGGGACAAUGGAAGGCCAACGCGAAAGUCGACACCCCUUACGAUGGCAGCGGUAAUGUGUACGACGGGGACAACGUGCCUAUAUAUAAGCCGCAGGCACGGAAUGAUGUAAUAUAGUUGCGUUGCGUUUCCCCCUUAAUGAUCACGUUGGUCUCGUGAUAUGUCAGGUACAACGAAACCCAUUUGACCGAGAGCAGCAUUCAGAUGUUAAAUCAAAAUGAACAACAUAUAUAUCAGCAUAGGUACAUUCACAGUGAGUUACACUGUGUCAAUUUGACUUGCGUUCGGGGUUAUUGCGGCCUGGUGACACCCGGGUCUGCCGGGUCUGGUUGUGGCGGGCGCGAUCUUCAAUUAGGUAGCUGCAAAUCACCCACCG